AUGGCCAAGCAGGCGACCACCUUGAAAGCCGCCGUCUACGCAAUCAAGAAUGUUGAGACCCAAAUAAGGGAAAAGGGUUUGGAGAAAACUGAAGUUGGCGAGAAGAGGAAGCUUGAAGGAUCCUCGAGAGUCGAUAAGAAAGGGAAAUUCUCAAAGCCCAACCUGGAUGACCAAAUGUAUGGAGCCAAGUGGUGUGAAAAGUGCAAGAAGAAGCACUUCGGAAGAUAUGAUGGAGAAGUGACCUGCUAUAAGUGUGGUAGGACCGGUCACUAUUCCAGAUAUUAUACAUUCGACAAUAGGAAGUGUUACAAAUGUGGAGAUGGUGGGCAUAUUUUGAAGAACUGCCCAAAGAAGAAUGAAGCUGCAAGGAAAAACGUGUCUUCAAAGCCAAAGGCAACAACAUUCCAAAUGAUCCUCGACGAAGAAGGUGAGAAUGCAAGGAAUCAAGAAUGA